AUGGAUCGACGUCAGGAACCAAGUGGCCCGAGCGCCAGCGGGGAGAGCUCCGAACCUCGUCGCUUCACAGCCGCAUAUCUCAGUCAGUGGAGAGCUGAGAUGGCGCUGACAUCAUGGAAAGCAUUCAACUUCAUCGACGUGUCGCCGGUGAAGCUACCAGAGGAGAGCUCCCACAUAUUCAAUAGUGACCUCUCGAGUAUUUGUACCGGCUCUGCGAACCUCUUCGUCGGCACUAUCGAUGGCUUCGUCCACAUCGUCUCCUCGGCCUUCCGCGUCGUGCGAUCGUUCAAAGCUCACGACACCGGUUCCAUUACACAUAUGCGACAGAUCAAUGAUACCGCUCUGCUAGUCACCGUUUCAGAAGAUCUCUCCAACGAGCCAGUUUUGAAGGUCUGGGCGCUGGAUACAGAGAAGAAAGAUGGUGGCCCGAAGUGUCUGUCAACAGUCUCCGUGCAGAAUGCCAGAAGACAAUUUCCAAUAUCUGCUUUCACGGCCGUCGACGACCUCUCGCAGGUCGCAGUCGGGUUCGCAAACGGCUCCGUGACGAUCAUCCGAGGCGAUCUGAUUCACGACCGGGGUGCACGACAACGCAUAGUAUUCGAGUCCGAAGAACCCAUCACCGGCCUUGAGACGCAGACCGCUGCCGUCACAACCCUUUACAUCGCAACCACGAGUCGUAUCCUGACAUUGGUUAUCGCUGGGCGGGGCCAGGGCCAGCCCGCGCGCGUGCUGGAGGAUACGGGCUGCGGCCUGGGUUGCAUGACUCUCGACAGAGAAAGUGGCGAUGUUUUGAUUGCCCGCGAGGAAGCGGUCUUCACAUAUGGCCCGCGCGGUCGCGGCGCAAGCUAUGCAUUUGAGGGCCCGAAGACGUCCAUUGAUGCUUUCCGCGAUUAUGUGGCGCUCGUUUGUCCACCUAAGGCUGGGACUGGCAAGUCGGAUCCGCUGAGGAAGUAUACUGCUAGUCCGGCUGAAGAUAUCUUUGGCACGACGACUUUUACUCUGCUCGAUACCGAUCUUAAGUUCAUUGCGCACAGCGAGGCGCUGGUGUCACCCAUGAGACGGAUUUUCAUGGAAUGGGGGGAUCUGUUUCUUCUCACUACGGAAGGAAAGAUCUUCCGUUAUCGCGAAAAGUCUCUCCAGCAAAAGCUUGAGAUUCUGUACGAGCGCAAUCUCUAUAUCCUUGCUAUCAAUCUUGCACAAAAGAUUGGAAUCGAUCCGCUACAACAGAAUGCUAUCUACCGCAAGUAUGGUGACUUCUUGUACCAGCGAGGCGACUAUGAUACAGCUAUGCAGCAGUAUCUCCGGGCUAUUGACAAUACUGAACCGUCUCAAGUUAUUCGCAAGUACUUGGACACCCAACGUAUUCAUAAUCUGAUCGAGUAUCUUGAAGAAUUACACGAUCAUGGCCGUGCCACGGUUGACCACACAACACUUCUUCUGAACUGCUACGCAAAGCUCAAAGACACAAGCAAGCUGGACUCAUUUAUCAAGGCUCCUGGUGAGCUGAAGUUCGAUCUGGAGACUGCUAUUGCUAUGUGCCGACAAGGCGGGUACUACGAGCAAGCAGCCUAUCUCGCAACGAAACACGGCGAGAAUGACAUGGUCGUUGAUAUUCUUAUCGAAGAUUCUAAGAAAUACGCUGAGGCAGUGGAAUACAUCUGGAGAUUGGAUCCUGAAGUGGCCUAUCACAAUCUCAUGAAAUAUGCUCGAGUCUUGCUGACACAUUGCCCUGAGCGGACUUCGGAGCUGUUCAAGGUCUACUAUUCUGGCCAGUACCGGCCACGCACGGAAGUAGAACAGCCAGCAGAACAGCUAACACAGACGACCAGCACAGUACAAAGUCUUGCCGCACUUCUUCCACUGCGGUAUAUGAAAGUUGGUGCCAGCACACAGCCACGGGUCGAAGCUGCUGAGACGGAAACAAAUGAGGAGGAUGAUAAAGAUUCUUCGCCAGAUUACGAUAUUCCGAAACCACGAACAGCAUUCUCCGCAUUUGUGGACCAUCCAAAGGAAUUCAUAGAUUUCCUCGAAACUUUGGUGCAGAAGCCGGACUUGAAGAAGGAUGCCAAAAUUGAUCUCUUCACAACAUUGUUUGAGAUGUACUUGGACACAGCAAAGGGGAAAAAAGAUGCAAGCGAGAGACAGGAAUGGGAAACGAAAGCGAAGAAACUAAUCGAAGGGAAAGAUAUCCCCAUCUCCACAUCCAACGUGCUCCUUCUCUCCGACCUCUCAAACUUCCGAGAAGGAUCCACCCUCGUCCGCGAGCAAGAAGGUCUCCGCCUCGAUAUCUUCCGCUCCUUCACCUCCGCAAAAGACACGCAAGGAGCCAUCAAAGCCCUACGGCGGUACGGACCCGACGAGCCCCAACUCUACAUCGACGCAUUGACCUACUUCGCCUCAAGCCCUCAAAUCCUGGACGAAGCAGGCGACGAGCUAGACGCAGUCCUCCAACGCAUCAACCAAGACGGCCUUCUCUCCCCACUGCAAGUAAUCCAAGCACUCAGCAACAACGCAGUUGUAACGAUGGGCCGGGUAAAGAAAUACCUCAGCGAUAACAUCGACCGCGAGCGCAAAGACAUCACAACCAACCGCCGCUUAAUAUCAAGCUACAAAUCCGAAACAGAAACCAAACAACAAGAACUAAACACCCUAUCAACUCAACCCGUCGUCUUCCAAUCCCGUCGCUGCCAAUCCUGCGGCGGAACCCUAGACCUACCCACCGUCCACUUCCUCUGCAAACACUCCUUCCACGAGCGCUGUCUGAAUAACCUCGAGGACGACGCUCAGUGUCCUGUCUGUGCGCCGACGAACGCCACUCUGCGCGCUAUCAGGCAGAGACAGGUUGAGUCGGCGGAUCAGCAUGAUUUGUUUAAGGGGGAGUUGGCGCGUUCGAGGGAUCGGUUUGGGGUUGUUAGUGAGUUCUUUGGGAGGGGGAUUAUGAGGUCGCAGAGUACGAUGGAGUAG